AAAUAUGCCCAAAACUCGCCCAUAAUUAAGCGGGGCUAAUCUUAACUCAGAGGUAUUAUAAAACUGAGGAAAUAUAAUUUUCCUACAAUCUCACGGCCCAAAACUCUACAGCCCCCAGUGACUCAAAGCUCAAACACCAAACCGUGGGUCACUUAAAAAAACAACUCAUUUACUCAUUUCCAUUACUUAAAUUCUAAUAUUUUCACAAAUCAUAUUUCCUCAUCUAGUCGAAUCCGAUAAACCGUUGCCGGAAAAUUAAUUUCCUAUUUUCCCCUCUUUCAUAUCCUUCUAAUAUCUUCACAUACGAAUCUCGAAUCUUUCCCCUUUUUUUCUUUGCCAUCAAAAAUUCCAAAAAUAUAUUGAAAGAAGAAAAAGCGAAGUAAAUAUAAAUGUGGUGGAGAUCUCCUUCUUUCAUACUGGACAACCAAGAGCAAGAAAAACUCUUACUCCGUCAACAACAACAACUACAUUUAAACGACGACGUUUUAAACCCUCCACCACCUCCAUCAAUGUCGGAAAUUUCCGUCCAAAACCCUAACCCUAACCCUAAAAUUUCGGCCUACUAUCAAACACGUGCGGCCCAUCAUGGCGUUGUUACCAGUGAUUGGCUGGCACAGGCCCAAGCUGCAGUCGCCGGAGUUGAUUCCGGCGAUAAUCCGGCGACUGAGGAAGAAUUCGCCGGAGUUGCGAAAGGUGAGAGUGUGAUUGAUGAGUUUAAUCGGUGGAGGAAACAACCUGAUUUAGCUGAGGCAGUUGCUGCAAUUAGGGCUUUAGCGUUUGUGAUUAGGUCUAGUAAUGCUACUACUAUGAUGGAACUUGAGAUUGAGCUUAAGAAAGCUUCUGAUUCUCUUAAGUCAUGGGAUGCAACGUCCAUCUCGUUAACUGCUGCUUGUGAUCUCUUCAUGCGAUAUGUGACCAGAACUUCAGCCUUAGAAUAUGAAGACUUCAAUUCAGCUAGGUCUCGCUUGAUUGAGCGUGCGGAGAAGUUUGGAGAGAUAUCAUACAAGGCACGCAGAAUCAUCUCGAUGCUCAGCCAAGAUUUCAUAUUUGAUGGAUGCACCAUUCUGAUUCAUGGUUUCUCUCGAGUUGUAUUAGAGGUUUUGAAAACAGCUGCACAAAAUAAGAAGUCGUUUCGGGUUCUCUGUACAGAGGGAAGACCUGACAGGACUGGAUUGCGUUUCUCAAAUGAAAUGGCGAAACUCGAUAUUCCUGUGAAACUCCUGAUUGACUCAGCAGUUGCAUAUUCCAUGGAUGACGUCGACAUGGUUUUUGUUGGGGCUGAUGGGGUGGUUGAAAGUGGUGGCAUUAUUAACAUGAUGGGAACCUACCAGAUCGCAUUGGUUGCUCACAGCUUGAAUAAACCAGUUUAUGUUGCUGCUGAAAGUUACAAGUUUGCACGCCUCUAUCCUCUGGAUCAGAAAGACAUGACUCCUGCCUUGCGCCCUAUUGACUUUGGUGUGCCCGUCCCAUCCAAGGUUGAGAUUGAAAAAUCUGCCCGUGAUUAUACACCUCCACAAUAUCUUACUCUUCUAUUUACAGAUCUAGGUGUUUUAACACCAUCUGUGGUGAGUGACGAGCUCAUUCAGCUUUACUUGUAGUUAUGCUUAGAUUAGAUGAUCUCAAUUGUCCUGCGCGAUUAUGUUUGCUUUCUUAGUCAUAUGUGGGGUCGCGCUGCAGAUAUUCCAGACAUUGGGCUCUAUAUUUUUGAUUUUUUGGUUGAAAUGUAGGAAAAAUAGAAGAAAUGGAAGUACUUCUCAAUUACCGGUCACUAAUUGAUGCUUUGUGUAAUAAACAUUAUGAGAAUCCCAAAGUUUUGUGUCUGAGAACUCUUGCCGUGCGUGGUGCGGCUAUAUGUAUGGUCUCGUAAGAUGUGAAUACAGAUUAUACUGCUUAGCAUUCUCUUGGAAA